UUACAACCGGUUACAACGUAACGAUGUACGUGGCACGUCGGGGUCACGUCAACGCGUACUGUGACGUGUCUUCCAACUGAGCAUGUAACCAGGAAGUCCCUGCUCAAAUUCCAAGAUGUUAGCUGGAGAUGCCAAUGAUGAAGAUGUGUCUCUGUUUGAUGCGGAGGAGGAUGCAGGGAAGAGGUCAAAGUCCAGGAUCAAGCAUCCAGUGGCCUCCUUCUUCCACCUCUUCUUCCGAACCUCGGCCAUCCUCGUGUACCUGCUGUGUGAGUUCUUCAGUCCGGGUUUUAUCGGCUGCAUGGUCACAAUAAUCCUCCUGCUGUCGUGUGACUUCUGGGCCGUAAAGAACAUCACAGGUAGACUGAUGGUCGGUCUGAGGUGGUGGAACCAGGUGGACGAUGACGGACGCAGCCACUGGGUGUUUGAGGCCAGGAAGGGUACGGGGAAACAGCAGCAGCAGCAGUCGUCGGAUUCUGAGUCCAGAAUCUUCUGGCUCGGGCUGAUUAUUUGUCCGGUUAUCUGGGUCAUCUUUGCAUUCAGCACCCUCUUCUCCUUUGAGAUCAAAUGGGUGCCUGUAGUGAUCAUGGGUGUGGUGUUACAAGGAGCCAACCUCUACGGCUACGUGCGCUGUAAAGUGGGAGGAAAGACGAGCUUGAAGAACAUGGCUACCAACUAUUUUGGACGACAGUUCCUCAAACAGGCGAUGUCUAAAGAAGAGGAAUCGUAGAGAGACGCUCUACGAUUUUCAUGUUUGCAUUAUUCUUAAUGCUAUUAUAUAUUUUAUUUUACCAAGUGGACACAGAAACAAUCAUCUGCAACAUUCACUCAGAAUAACAGUGUUUUUCCCCUUUUUCUUUUUAAUAUAACGUGUGACUCUUUAAAUUAGAGAGGGUUUUUUUUGUUUUCCACAGGGAGUUCUGAGUCUAGUAGCUGCUCUGAUACCUGCAGCUUUAUCUUUAUUUACCUGAUACUGAUGCGUACAUGCAUGAGGGAUGAAAGGAUGUAAGGGUUUGUAAUGUGAUGGUUCAUGAAGUCUCACAGCUCCCCUUUGAAAAAGUCUUUAGGUUGGUAUCUUUAGUUUGUUUCCUUUGCCUUUUAACUCUAAGCUUUAUUAUAACGAUGUAGUUUGAAAGAGGUACAAACUUUCUUGUUUGUAUGAUAGACGGGAGUGUAAAGUAAGAGUGUAAAGUAUCCCAGGAGAUUUGUAAAUAUGUAUGUAAAGAAACUAUGUGGAAUGUCUUCUUUUGUGCUAAUAAAUUUGUAACAUUUUUCUGAA